UUGACAAAUACAUUAAUUACACCUAUUCUCUUGCCGUCUCAACAAAAUUUUUUCCUUCCAUAUAUUCAUGGCAAGUGAAACUUGUUCAAUACUCUCUUCCUCAUUUCAUUCAAUAAACAUGACAGAUGCUUCCACUUUCCUUUGCUCAAAAUUUUCUGAGAUAGCAUUAGCCAUCAAUACUUCUUACCUUCUCUUCUCUGCCUAUUUCUCUUUUACUAUGCAAAUCGGUUUUGCUUUGCUAACUGCUGGCUCUAUUCGUUCCAAAAACAUCACGAAUGUCAUGCUCACAAACAUAAUGGAUGCUUGCAUAGGUGCUAUCUCAUACUUCAUUUUUGGAUUUGCCAUAGCUUUUGGACCAACCGACGGUUUUAUCGGUGAUCAUCACAACUUCUUUGCUUUGAACUCUUUUCCUGAUUCCUCCGGCUACGACUUUAGCUUUUUCCUAUUCCAGUGGACCUUUGCCAUAACUCCAUCGGGAAUCACAAGCGGCUCUAUGGCGGAACGUACACAGUUUAUUGCCUACUUAAUGUACUCGUUUUAUUUAACUGGUUUUGUCUAUCCCACAGUUUCCCAUUGGUUUUGGUCAAGCAACGGUUGGGCUAGUGCAACACGAGAUCACAACAGCCUCUUGUUUAGCUCGGGUGCAAUCGACUUUGCUGGAUCCGGAGUGGUUCAUAUGGUCGGCGGGAUAGCGGGUCUUUGGGGAUCUUUCAUAGAAGGACCAAGAGUCGGAAUGUUCGAUGGAUCAAGAAGGGCUUCUACUGUACAUAGUCAUGAUGUUCCCCUUGUAGUGUUAGGUACCUUCCUGGUAUGGUUUGGUUGGCAUGGUUAUAAUGCAGGGUCAUUCUUAACUAUCUUGCAAAGCUACGAGCAGCAGUUUCCUUACUAUGGUCAGUGGAGUGCCAUCGGACGAACCGCAGUGACCACAACGCUGGCUGGGUGCACAGCGGCAUUAACCACAUUAUUCACUAAACGUUUCUUAGGAUCUCACUGGAAGGUCACUGACGCUUGUUCAGGACUACUCACUGGGCUGGUUGCAAUCACCUCAGGCUGCGCUGUUGUCGAUCCUUGGGCUAGUAUUGUGUGUGGCGUUGUCGCUGCGUUGGUCAAGAUUGGACUUGAUAAGCUAGCUAAGAAACUUAAAUUUGACGACCCUCUUAAUGCUGCGCAGCUGCAUGGUGGUUGUGGCGCAUGGGGCUUACUCUUCACCGGAUUAUUCGCUACCAAGAAGUUUGUNACGGUUUUAUCGGUGAUCAUCACAACUUCUUUGCUUUGA